GAGCGAGAAUCAACGAGAGGUUCGCAACCGAACCAUCCAACGAAAGUCUAUUUAAGCAACCCGCAAAAGGCGCUCUUUCGUAUUGCACGAUAAUUUUUCGACCGCGUUGCUGGUGAUUUCGGUUCCCGUUGAAACAAAUAAAAUGAAAAAAAGAAUAAAUAAAUAAAAAAAAUGGAUGUAGGGCGAAAAAAGCUAAACCACUUGAAAUAUACGAAAACAGUGAAUUUUGGAAACGAGAAAUCAAUCUUCUAAGGUAGUUGAAUUUUGCUCUCUCACACUUCUUUGUGCGUGCGUGAGUGUGUGUGUAAAGGACAAAGAUUGUCCUUCGUCUCCCAAGACCACGCCUCCGUUGGCAGAAUAAUAAAUUGGGAAAAUGAAUAUAUGUCGUUUAGAAUUUACCUAUGAAAGUGAAAACGUGACAACACGAUAAAACGGACGAAGCAAGCAAAACAAAAAACAAGUGCAUAAAAACAACGAAAGGAGGAUAAGAAGAACAAGUGCAGCAUAUCAGAAGAAAAAGAGAACGCAACAAGAACACAGAAAAAAAUAAAAAUAAAUAAAAUAACGAAGACAGGGCAAGGAAAGCAAGUACUAAAACACCCAUAUAUUGACAGAAUCGAAAACGCUGACAAUUGCGAUUUAAUCCACACAUAGCCAUGCUUCUUCAGUUCUCGUGCUAAAUUGUUUACUAUAAUGAAUUCCGCGCGGCACCAUCGUAUUGGAGUAUUUCUGUCUCCAUAACUUGGUUACCAUUUAAAUAAAAAUAAAACUUAAAUAUAUUAGUAAUAAAAUAAGCACGACUACAACCCCAAAAAACACCCGCUAAUUGAUUGCCACACAACGGAUAGCAAAGCACUGCAACGUAAAAAGCCAUCUAGUCAAACAGAACCAACAAAGAAGCCGCCAACUGCCUGGAAGGAAGGACGAAUCCGAGUGGACCCAAACCCAAAUAAAAACUUGACAGAGGAUCCCGAGAGACCGCAAACCUGGCCAAGAAGAUGCCAUACCAUCGAGGCGGAGAUGCCUCUUCCCAGGCCGACAAGCUGAGCGGCAUCGUGGAGGAGAGUGACCUUUACGAAGGGUUCGCCCCGCAUGUCGAAACGUCCGAGAUCAAAACCCUCGACUUCUACAAUUUACCAAAGCAAACCGGCAAAGAGCCUGCACUGCGCUCAUACACUGAAAUCCAGCAGCUGCUGCAGCAGGGCAAGAAGCGUGACGUGAAGAACAUACUCAGGGAGAACUCGUGGCCCAUUAACUCCCCGAUCCGAGCCCAGCUGUGGCCGAUGUUGUGUGGCCAGCACCAGACCAAACAGCAAAUGCUAGAUGGCUUCUACUGGGAGAUGGUUCACCAGGUCUUUGGCACCACGGAGCUGUCGGAGAAGCCGAUCAUGUUGCCCGCAUUUGUGGAUGCCACCCACUGUUUGCCGUAUCACUUGACCAGCACGGGACGAGCCGUAGCCGAUCGCAUCGUGAAUGUCCUGGGCUACGACUGCCCCGAUAUUACCUACAGUCCAGUAUUGUAUCCCAUUACAUCGAUACUUUUGCAUUUCAUGUCGGAGGAGGAGGCUUACAUAUGUCUAGCCGGUUUGGUCGGUAGCAAGGAGAAGGUAUUCAUCAAUCAAACCAAACUACAGCACGAAGUCACCUGGAAGACGGUGAUGCAAAUAGCCAAAAAGCACACGAAAAGUGCUACUUCGUAUUUCCAACGUAUUUGCCCAGGCCUGAAGCUGGAACGCAUCUUCAUGGACUGGUGCUGGUGGAUUCUAGCCGGUCUACCCUUCCAGCAUCUGGUGCGGAUCAUGGACUGCUACUUCCACGAGGGCAUCAAGGUCCUUUAUCGCGUGGCCCUCGUCAUACUCAACCUUUUUCACAAGGAGUGCCAGUCGAACAACGAAUGGAGUCCGGACAACAUUAAAAACGACAUUGGCAAUGCUUUGAUCAAGUUCUGCAAGAAGAUACCAGUGUCGCCGGCGAAGUUGCUCCAUGCCGCGUUUAGUAUUAGGGGACUGAGUACCCAGUAUAUUUCUAGAAUAUUUAUCAAGACUGAAAUGCUACUAAAAAGCCGCUCCGUGCUCACCAGCGGUUCGAAGCAAUUAAUCAAAUCGCGUUCAAGUGAUAAUCUGCCCACUAGUCAGUCGCAGGUCAACAUCCAAAUGAUGUCCCAUACCCUGACCAUCCGGGAGAAGCUGCACUCCGAGAGCUGUCGCAAUUUGGGUGAAAAAUCGCCCGGUCAUAGAGCCAUCGCGAUGGGCGUUUAUCCCAUACACAAUCUGAAAAGUCAAGCUUGUAAGAACGAAGAUCUGUUCACGCUGUGGUCCUGGCUGCCCGUGCGGAUAACAAUGUACCAACCGGUGCUGCUCUACACCACGGAGGAGCACGGCUGCUCGCUGACCACGUUCUACGUUCGGGUGGAGCAGCAUGAGCCCACGCUGCUCAUGAUUAAAACGUGCAAUAAUGAGGUAUUUGGUGCCUACUGCUCCUCGCGCUGGUUUGAAAGAAAUGUAAAAGAUGACAAGGGCCAGCGACAGGCCUACUUCGGUACCGGCGAGACCUUUUUGUUCUCCCUAUAUCCAGAAAGAGCCAAGUACCCAUGGGUGGGCAUUGAGGGCGACAAGGACUUGGGACACAGUUCCGAGCUGUUUAUGGCGGCCGACUCCAAGAUGAUUACUAUUGGUGGCGGCGAGGGGCAGGCCAUCUGGAUGGACGAGAACAUACGUUUCGGCAAGACGGACAGCUGCAAGACCUUCAACAAUCCGCCGCUGUGUCCAUCGGGCGACUUCGAGAUCCGGGUGCUUGAAGUCUACGGCUUCGUGGGCAUCUAAAAACAUUCUUAGUCUGACCGAUAUUGCCCGCCGAUGAUCAAGUGCUCAGUAAAACUGCUCGACGUUCCCCCCGCGUUUCCCUAACCAACUCAAACUCCUAUAUUGCUUUCGUUUCCACCCAUUAAUGGCGUACGCUGAUGGUACCAAGAUGAGAAAAUGUGUAAACAUUUCUAAAAGCUUAUUUACAAUAAUGUAUCGAAGGUGGCCAAGCAGCAGUAAAUGCCGCCGUCGUCGUGUUAAUGUUAAAUGUUAGUGAAAAAUGCAAAACAAAAACAAAUUAUAUAUUAUAUAAUGGAAAUACUCUGUGAGUUCAUAUUUCAAAACGGAAAGCUUUGAAAUUACAAUACCCUAGUUGUUAUAACCCCUUUACAUAUAUACAUGAUAUCUAUACAAGUAUAUAUAAAAUGAAUUAUUAUAAUGUGUAUAUUUAUAUGUAAAGCGUAUUUCUAUAGCCAUGUACCCGGAGCAAACAAAAAAUUAUUCCUUACAAAUUGAAAGCAGAAUUCAACACCGGAAAACUUGGGCUGCAACAUCAUUUUUGUUUGUUAGCGUUAUUAUUUCAUUUAAUUUAUAAAUACUUAGUUUUCUUUCUGUAAACCAAAUUUACUGACUUGACUGAAUUCGUUAUUAAUGUUAUUAAUAUUAUUAUUGCUACGUGUAUAGAAAGUGUAACUUGUAAAUUGCAUUGAAAACAACUAAAUGUUUCUGAAAGUUGUCCCAUUUGGUCGCAAAAUAUAGAGAUAAAGUAAAA